UGGUGCCCCAACAAUAUUGGUGUUAUUUGAAAGCCCAACAAAUAUCCUUAAAGAAAAACACAUUUAAUUUCUUAAUAAACGAGUAACAUAUACAAUAAAUGUGACUUGAAAAAAGACCUCACUUUGGGCUCACCUCUGGGAUCAAUUAGACCAAUUUUUAUGGUUAUAAAACCAAAUAAUGAUCUCACGUGUCCUCUUUAACAGAUGGAUAGCGAUUAAUUCCAACUUAACAGUUUUAUAGCCAUAAAAGUUGGCUCAAGCGUAACUACCUACCUAUUUUUUGAAGAAGUGACUGGAUUCUUCUACAGACACAUUUUUUGGGCACCUUUCCUUUAAUGAAAUGAAGUCUAAACAAGGCUUUUAAAUGGUGCCAAUAUUGGUGGGAAGUGGGGAUGCAUAUGUUUGAAAGUGCUUGUCGGUUCAUUCAUUCCAUCUAUUUCUUUUUUCACAAGACCUCCACUCACAAGACGAGAUUAUGGAGACGUUCGCUCGUCUGCAAAAGGAGCUUUGCGUGAAGUUCUUCAACACGCCGACUAACUUCACUGCGACUGCUGACAACAAGGUUCUGUAUAUCAGCAACCCUGAUAAGAAGAAAGACUGCCCGCCCAUUGGCUAUGACUUUAGCAAGAGCGUUGUGGACAUGCCAAUAGGGUACAGAUGCAUCAACCAGAAGGACAUCGCUAGAAUCACAGUGGACAUGCUGAAAGCUAGCGUCAUACAGAACGUUUCAAUUUACAACAGCUACGAUUUGGUCAAGCGGUUUCACGAGAUGGAGGAUUCGGUCCCCCGCUCGGCUCUCCUGCCGCCCACCGAUCGCAACUACCUGAAUGCUCACUACCACUCCGAAUGCGGUUCGCUGGGCCAGGCGAGCGCUAGACGCAUCAACGACGUGCCGGCGUCGGCGCAACUGACUGAUGCGAAUAUAGAGUAUUAUAAAGACAAGCUGUGGCCGCUUGGGGUGGUUAUGUAUGGGGUGGAUAAGGAUAUACCUUCAAACGACUCAAAUUUAUUGCGAAUCAAGCAAGCGAUGUCCGUGAUAGAAUUGAACACGUGCGUGAUGUUCCAAGAAAUUUCCUCUGAGGGUGUGCUGGAGCCGAGGAACUUCCUCUGGCUCAGUUAUCAGGGGGAGGAUAUGCCGCAGCUUGGGUUUAAACAGGGGAAUCAGAGCCUGAACAUAGCGUCGCUAACGCAAGGCGCGCCCGGGCACGCGGCGCACGCGCUGGCAAUCCUUCUGCGCGCGCUCGGCGUGCCCAUGAUGUCCAACAGACGGGACCGGGACAACCACGUCGCGGUGGAUUGGAGAAAUGUUGCACACGCUACCAGUGACCCCGUAACUAGUGUACCCGCCCGACUAGAGACUAGUGACCAGUCCCCGACUAGAGACUAG